GACUGUAUAUUUUAUCAAUAAGUCCGCGGUCGCACUGGCCAGAAAUUCGCAAAAAAAAUUAUUUAAAAAAAGGGUAUAAACAAUAGUCAAAGUGCCAAGAACCUUUAUAUACAAGUUCAUAUGAAUGUCCGUGCGAAGAUGUCUUAGCCAAGUGUGGUUGGAAGAGCCCGAGAAAACAGAAUCAUUCCGAGAAAAGGAUUAGAUAAUUCCAGAAAGACAGACAGACAGACAUAGAGAUGGCCAUGUCAAAGGUGAUUCGUGUGCUGGAAAAGUCCAUAGCUCCGUCGCCGCACAGUGUAUUGCUGGAGCAUCGCCACAAGAGCGACAGCAUCUUGUUCGAGUCACACGCUGUGGCUCUGCUGACGCAACAGGAAACGGACGUGAUAAGGAAGCAGUACACGAAAGUCUGCGACGCCUACGGAUGCUUGGGAGUCCUGCAGUUGAAUGCCGGUGAGAGCACAGUGCUGUUCCUAGUGCUGGUGACCGGCUGCGUGUCCAUGGGAAAGAUCGGAGAUGUGGAGAUCUUUCGAAUCACGCAGACGACCUUCGUGUCGCUGCAGAACGCGGCCCCUAAUGAGGACAAGAUUAGUGAGGUGCGCAAGCUGCUCAAUUCCGGAACGUUCUACUUCGCCCACAUCAAUACUAGCGCCAGUGCGACGGCUGGCACCUCCGGAUCUUCAUUCAGCAAGUUCGACAUCACACUGUGCGCCCAGCGACGGCAGCAGACCUCGGAGACGGACAACCGCUUCUUCUGGAACCGCAUGAUGCACAUACACCUGAUGCGCUUCGGCAUUGACUGCCAGUCGUGGCUACUCCAGGCCAUGUGUGGCUCCGUGGAGAUUCGCACUGUCUACGUAGGGGCCAAGAACGCCCGGGCAGCCAUUAUCUCCAGGCUGAGCUGUGAGCGGGCCGGCACUCGGUUCAACGUGCGCGGCACCAACGACGAGGGCUACGUGGCCAACUUUGUGGAGACGGAGCAGGUGAUCUAUGUGGAUGGGGAGGUUACCAGCCAUAUCCAAACCAGGGGCUCAGUGCCACUCUUCUGGGAGCAGCCGGGUGUGCAGGUGGGAUCGCACAAAGUCAAGCUAUCUCGAGGCUUCGAGACCUCCGCUGCCGCUUUCGAUCGACACAUGAGCAUGAUGAGGCAGCGCUAUGGCUAUCAGACGAUUGUGAAUCUCCUGGGUAGCUCACUCAUCGGCAGCAAAGAGGGCGAGGCCAUGCUGAGCAAUGAGUUCCAGCGGCACCACGGCAUGUCUGCCCACAAGGAUGUACCUCACGUGGUAUUCGACUAUCACCAGGAGUGCCGCGGCGGCAACUUCUCCGCUUUGGCCAAGCUGAAGGAACGAAUUGUGGCCUGUGGGGCCAACUACGGUGUGUUCCAUGCGUCCAAUGGUCAGGUGGUCCGAGAGCAGUUUGGAGUUGUUCGCACCAAUUGCCUGGACUGCCUAGAUCGCACGAACUGUGUGCAGACCUACCUGGGCUUGGACAUGCUCAACCUGCAGCUGGAAUCGCUGAAGAUGGGGGGCAAGCAGCAGAACAUUUCGCGUUUCGAAGAGAUCUUCCGCCAGAUGUGGAUCAACAAUGGCAACGAGGUGAGCAAGAUCUACGCCGGUACGGGCGCCAUUCAGGGCGGCUCCAAGCUGAUGGAUGGGGCCCGCUCGGCGGCCCGGACCAUACAGAACAAUCUUUUGGACAACUCCAAGCAGGAAGCAAUUGACGUUCUCCUGGUGGGCUCGACACUCAGCUCGGAGCUGGCUGAUCGGGCACGGAUCCUGCUGCCCUCCAACAUGCUGCAUGCACCCACAACGGUGCUCAGGGAGCUGUGCAAGCGCUACACGGAGUACGUACAUCCGCGCAUGGCCCGGAUCGCCGUAGGCACUUACAACGUGAAUGGCGGAAAGCAUUUCCGGAGUAUUGUCUUCAAAGAUUCCUUGGCAGACUGGCUGCUAGACUGCCACGCCAUGGCUCGAUCCAAAGCCCUUGUGGAUGUGAACAAUCCCUCUGAGCAUGUCGAUCAUCCAGUAGACAUCUAUGCCAUUGGCUUCGAGGAGAUCGUGGACCUGAAUGCCUCGAACAUCAUGGCAGCCAGCACGGACAACGCCAAGCAGUGGGCCGAGGAGCUGCAGAAGACCAUCUCCCGGGACAACGACUAUGUGCUGCUUACCUACCAACAGCUGGUGGGCGUCUGCCUUUACAUAUACAUACGACCGGAGCAUGCUCCCCACAUCCGGGACGUGGCCAUUGAUUGUGUGAAGACUGGCCUGGGCGGGGCCACGGGAAACAAGGGAGCCUGUGCCAUCAGAUUCGUUCUCCACGGCACUUCAAUGUGCUUUGUAUGCGCCCACUUUGCGGCCGGCCAGUCGCAGGUGGCGGAAAGGAACGCCGACUACUCUGAGAUCACCAGGAAGCUGGCCUUUCCCAUGGGCAGGACCCUGAAGUCGCACGAUUGGGUGUUCUGGUGCGGAGACUUCAACUACCGCAUCGACAUGGAGAAGGAUGAGCUUAAGGAGUGUGUCCGCACAGGCGAUCUCUCCACGGUCCUCGAGUUUGAUCAGCUGCGAAAGGAGCAAGAAGCCGGCAACGUUUUCUCGGAGUUCCUGGAGGGGGAGAUUGGCUUCGAUCCGACCUACAAGUACGAUCUCUUCAGCGACGACUACGACACGUCGGAAAAGCAGCGGGCGCCAGCCUGGACAGACAGGUGUCUCUGGCGCCGGAGGAAGGCUUUAGCCGAGGGCGACUUCCCCUCUUGGAAUCCUGGCAAACUCAUCCACUACGGACGCUCCGAGCUGAAGCAGAGUGAUCAUCGUCCUGUCAUCGCCAUCAUUGAUGCGGAGAUUAUGGAGAUCGAUCAGCAGCGCCGACGGACAGUCUUUGAGCAGGUCAUCAGGGAUCUGGGACCCCCAGACUCUACGAUUGUGGUGCAUGUCAUGGAAUCUUCGGUCGACGACGAGGGGCCCACCAUCUAUGACGAGAGCGUGAUGUCUGCCCUGAUUGCCGAGCUGUCAAAGAUGGGUGAGGUUACCCUCGUGCGCUAUGUGGAGGACACCAUGUGGGUGACCUUCCGAGACGGCGAGUCGGCCCUGAACGCCGCCGCCAAACGGAGCACACAAGUCUGCGGCCUGGAGCUGGUCUUCGAGCUAAAGUCUUCUGACUGGCAGCACUUGGUGGACAGCGAGAUCGAGCUAUGCACCACAAACACCAUUCCGCUGUGUGCUAAUCCCACAGAGCAGGCCCAGCUGUUGCAGGUAUCGCCGGAGGUUCCUCAGCGGCCCAAGCAGCCACCGACGCGUCCUCCCGCUCGCCCGCCCAUGCCCAUGUCGCCAAAGAACUCGCCACGUCAUAUCCCUCAUGUCGGGGUCAUCAGCAUCGUCCCCAAGCCGGCCAAGCCGCCGAUGCCCCCCCAGCCCCUGAUGCAAGCGCCCCUCCAGCCGAUGCAAGCGCCUCCUCGACCGCCUGCCAUGGACAACACACCCUCCUCCAAAACGCAUUCCCCCACAGAGCUGGCCUCCGUCUGUUCAUCGGGCUCAUCUUCGGGCAAGGCAUCACCCACUGGCUCAGCAGUGGCCUCCGGUCCGCCCACUCCUCCGCGUCAAAUGCAAAGCAAGCAAGCCACGCCCGUCUCUACGCCCUCAAGGCAGUUGCCGCCCUCGUCGUCUUCCGCAACACCAUCAUCGAAGCAGCCAUCGCUGGAGAUGCCGGACACCGCCUACGAGACCGCUAGCAAUAUAUACGAGGAGAUCCAAGACGACGUUCCCGCACCGCGCCACCCACCCCCGGCUGGACCGCCUCCAGUCAUUGGCGGCGGCCCUGUGGACAGCCCUCGACGCCAGGCUGGAGCAGCUGGAGCACCGAUGGGUCCCCCGCCACCGCUCCCGAAUCGAGGUCGUGGUCCGCCACCGAUACCAAAUAGAAGCGGCAAUGCACCGCCGCUGCCAACGCGACCCACUAACAACUAGGCGGAAUAGGCCUAUGGGCUCGCAAUCUUACAUUCCGCAUUUCUGUAUUUAACGUUGGAAUCGCGUACCGAAAUAUAAUCGAAUAUAUUAACAAACUUGUAUAGAGAGAGCGAAGGAGCCACACAACAUUACAUAGAUGAAUCUCUGUUUGCGCACGUAUCCUGCACACUACCUACUUAAGUUAUGUGCUUAUUUCGAUAGCCUCUAGCCAGAAUCAAAACUAAACGAGACUAAAUUACGUACCCGUAGAACGUUGCAUGUUAGCCCUUUGUUGGAUGAGAAUAUCACUUUUUAUGCAUGUUUACCGCUGGCCAGACGUACUCACCCCGGUGCACCAAUACGCCAAGGAUCGCAAGGAACAAAGCCUGAGCUACUUAAGUGGAAUUACUCGGCAUAAACUUAUCGUUUAAACCAACUAUAUACUAUAUAGCCGUACUAGUCAAUUUAUGAAAUUAUACGAGUACCAUUGUUAGGCAGCAGUCGGGCCACGAUCGCAAUACAAUUUGAAUGAUGAUAUACCGUACCUAUUUAUUCUUCACUCGCAAGCUGCUGUUGGCUAACAUGUUGAUUAAUUAUAUAUAGUUUCAAUCGCGGAUGGGCCUUCCAUCGCACUUGAGUUCGACUUGACUACUCGUACAAUAUAUGAAGAAAUACAAUAUCAAA